AGAAACCUCGGUGAGUCAGUGGGGAUGGAAGGUGAUCUAGUUAAGAAAGCCUUAUCGCUAGCCAUGGCAGCUCAAUCCAAGCAUGAUCGACCUUACCAAUCCGAGAAGUACUCGGAUUACACUAUCAUCGCCUUCCAUGGGUCGGGUACUACUGUCGAAGACUGGUUCUCUGGCAAACCUUUUGGAGAGACAUCCGUUGGUCUGAAAAAGCUCUUCCCUUGUCUGAAAAGUAUUGGAAACGAUGAAAUUGCCCUUGUUAAUGGCAAAUUCUUACAGCAAUUCCAGAAUCUUUUAAAACCAGAAGCUCUAAAACAAGAAUUUCGACUAAGCGACGCGCCACCACUGGAACAUCUUUUAAAAGACUCGAGACUCAGUGACGAGCUGGGUCGAGCUGUGAGAGAAAGGAGGAAAGUAGUAUUUACAGGAUAUUCAUCUGGAGGUCCCAUCGCCAUCUUGGCCGCCAUUUUGUUUCUGCAACAGAAUCGCAUUCCUGCUUUAUGCGUGACAUUUGGGUCUCCCCUCGUUGGCAAUCAGAUCUUUGGCCAUGCUAUGCGGCGAGAAAACUGGGCACAGCACUUUGUUCAUUUCGUCAUGAGAUAUGACAUCAUUCCACGGGUCUUACUCGCCCCUCUUUCCUCCAUUAAAGGAGAAAUGCAGACCAUUCUUCCUUGUUUCGACCGAAGCAAGCUGGAAUCCAAGGCAAGAUCUCAGGAAGCAUCGUCUUUCUUCUGUGAUGUAAUGAGAAAUUCAUUGUCUGUUGCAAGCCACACAGCUUGCUCAUUCAUGGGGUGCACCAACUCGUUACUGCAAACAGUUACUAGCUUCGUUGAGCUCAGCCCUUAUAGACCUUUCGGAACCUACGUGUUCUGUACCGGAGAAGGAAAAAUGAUCACCCUUAAGAACCCAGAUGCCAUUCUCCAAUUAUUGUUCUAUAGUCUUCAAUUGGGCAAAGGGGAGACAGUUCCAGAUGUUGCUUGUAAAAGCAUCACGGACCAUCUAGGAUACCAGACCGAAUUCAAAGACAACCUGUGGAAGGAAGAUGUGGUUGAUCUAGAUCAUCUUUGUCUGCAACUUUCCCUAUCCACGGGAGGUGCUAGUAGCAGUGAGAUGAAAUCAAUUGAAACGGCAAUCAAACAGCUCGGCCUGAGCACAAGAGCCAUGUUGUGCCUCAUUGCAGCUAAAGAGUGGGAGAAGCAAAAACAGAGAAACCAAGAAAAGAUAGAUGAAAAUCGGGACAAGAUUGAAGUAGCCCUGAGGAAGCUUCAAGAAUAUAAGGUCAGAGGUGAGAUGCACAAGAUUGGUUACUACGAUGCCUUCAAGGUGCAGAAAGGAGCAGAGGACUUCGAUACCAAUGUAAAAAGGCUGGAGCUAGCAGGGAUGUGGGAUGAAAUCAUUGAUAAGCUGAAAAGGUAUGAAUUGCCUGAUGAGUUCGAAUGCAGGGAGGAUUGGGUAGAGUUGGGAACCAGGUUCAGGCGCCUCAUGGAGCCUCUAGACAUAGCCAAUUACUAUCGACACUUCAAGGAUGAAGAUACUGGACCUUAUAUGAAACCAGAGGAGGGUAGGCAGCCAAGACCAAAGCGUUAUAGAUACACACAGAGAUGGCUAGAACAUGCUAAAGGGAAGCCAGCAGGUUACUUCUUAGAAUCUUGUUUCUGGGCUGCGGUGGAAGACCUCCAUAUUCGUAUUCAUUCAAGCAAUCAGAAAGAGAAUCGUGAUGUUGCCUUUGAAAAGGUGAAAGACAGGGUACUAAAGCUUGAAGAAAAUGUGUUACAGUGGGUUCAGGAUGGGCAACUAAGAGAUGUGUUCUUCGAGAAGUCCACCUUUGUCAAGUGGUGGUCGGAACUCCCAGAGGAGCACUGCAGAAAGUCUCGAAUCGCCACACUCAUGGGAGGACAUGGAAAAGAAUUUCCAUUUGAUUAUGAAAUGAUAUAAAAGCUCUAUUCGAAUUUUGGAAGUAAAGUUCUCAGCAGUAUUCCAUAUGUAAUGAGUGCUCAUUCUAUUUCUGUC